UCUCUUAUCACAGCGCUUUCUGGCAGUAGGCAGUCCGGGCUCGCUGCUAUUGCUGCCUCUGUACCGUCCAGCACACACAGUGCUCCUGCGAUCACCUGACAGUCUCAUGUUGUUGUGUGAAUUUAGUUCACCGCUAUUCUUAGACCCUGCUUUGGCUGAGAGAGGAGAGGAGAGGAGAGGAGAGAGGAAUAGAGAGGGAGAGGGCUGGGGAAAGACUGGCACACUCGCAAUGAUGCCCAGCUGGCCGAUCCCCCAGCUGGAGCCCAGUCAGAUCCGGCUGAUAGUGUACCAGGACUGCGAGAGGCGCGGCAGAAAUGUCCUCUUCGACUCCAAUGCCAAAAAGAGGGGCACGGAGGAAACUCCCAUCACCAGCACCGAGGGCCAGGCGAAGAUGUUCGGGAAAUGCUGCCAGCUCCGUCCGACUGGAGGCAGCAGCAGCUCCCUGGACAGCUCCUCCUCCUGCACCUCGGAAACCAAGGAAACUAAGGAGCAGGGCAUCCGCUUCCAGGGUUCGAGGUGUUCGUCCGAUGUGGUAAUGCUGGGGGAAAUGAUGUUUGGCUCUGUGGCUAUGAGCUACAAAGGUUCCACGCUAAAAAUCCACCAGAUCAGGUCGCCGCCUCAGCUGAUGCUGAGUAAGGUGUUCACCGCCAGGACGGGAGGCAGUGUGUACGGCAGCCUCAACACGUUACAGGACAGCCUAGAGUUCAUUGGACAGGACGGCAACACGCUAAGGCCCGAUCAAAACACCGGGCCCAACAGUCUCCUGGGGAAUAUAGGAUUUUCUCAGCUCUGCAGCCCUCGACGGGCCUUCUCUGAACAGGGCCCUCUGCGCCUCAUCAAGAGCGCAUCUUUCUUUUCAGGCCACAGUCACCCCAUGGACAUGCCAGGCCGAGGGCUUCACGACGAGAGGGACAGCGGCAUCGCCCGGUCAGCUUCUCUCAGCAGCCUGUUGAUCACUCCCUUCCCGUCUCCUGGCUCCUCCCUGACCAGCAGCUGUGCGUCCAGUUACCAGCGCCGAUGGCUCCGCAGCCAAACCACCAGCCUGGAAAACGGCGUCUUCCCCCGAUGGUCAGUCGAGGAGAGCUUCAACAUGUCUGACGAAAGCGGCGGACCAAACCUCGGCGUGGCUCGGAAGAAGAAGAUUGCCAUCGGGGUCAUCUUCAUGCUGUCCCCCAACCCUGAGGAGAACAUCCGCUUCCAGGACUUCUUUUUCUCCCACUUCCCUCUCUUUGAAAGCCACAUGAACAAACUCAAGAGCGCCAUCGAACAGGCCAUGAAGAUGAGUCGGCGGUCAGCUGAUGCCAGUCAGAGGGCCUUGGCUUACAGCCGAAUGGUGGACGGACUCAACGAGUUCAGGAUGACCAUCUGCGACCUCUACACCAUGCCCCGCGUGGCUGAGCCCGUCUGGUUGACCAUGAUGUCCGGGGCGUCGGAGAAGAACCAGCUCUGCGGACACUUCAUGAGGGAGCUCUCCCUGCUGAUGGAGCAGGCCUCCAAGAACCAAUUCCUCCCCGCGUUAUUGACAGCCAUCCUGACCAAUCACCUGGCCUGGGUGCCCACCGUCAUGCCCAAUGGGCAGCCUCCAAUCAAGAUCUUCCUCGAGAAACACUCCUCCAAGAGCGUCGACAUGCUGGCAAAGACGCACCCCUACAACCCGCUCUGGGCACAGCUAGGAGACCUGUACGGGUCCAUUGGGUCACCGGUGCGGCUGUCGAGGACCGUGGUGGUGGGCCGCAGACAGGAGCUUGUCCAGAGACUCCUCUACGUCCUCACCUACUUCAUCCGCUGCUCCGAGCUGCUGGAGACCCACAUGCUGGACAGCGCUGAGGAUGAGGCCAUCGUCAUACCCGGCUCCCUCAUCACCACCUCCCUGAGGAAAGGAGAGGUGGAGGAGUCGGACUAUGUCCUGGUUACCGUCCAUAAACCCAGCGGGGACUACUUGUCCCAAGGGGCCCACGGCCGGCAGAUGGAGGCAGAGGACAGCAACUACCCUUCAGACAACAGCCUGCAAAGCAGCACGUACACAGACACAGAGGUGGAGUGUGGCGCCGGGGACACACCCAAGGAGGAAGAUGAGGAGGAGGAAGAGGAGGAGGAAGACAGUAGUGAGAGUCAAGGGUCCAGGAGCAGUGUGCUUCAGACAGGACACAGCCAGGGUGACAACCCUGUUAUCAGGACUACAGAAGCAGUUGAACCCGUGGAGUUGCGCAGGGAGUCCAGCAGCCCGCUGGCCACAGAGGCCCGUCUGGAGACGGUGCUGCGCGUUGGCUCGGCAUCCCCCAGGGAGCAGGUCUGUGUGCUGGAUACAGAGACCAAGGGAGACCUGAAACUUAUUGUCCCAUCCAUACCCACAACCCUUUCUUCAAGUCCAUCCCCAACUCCUGCCACCACAGAGGGUAAUGACUCAGGGGCAGAGGCUGGGAUGGACGCAGGCACGGGGAACCAGCCCACCAGAGUGCCGGCUCCUCGGCCCUUGGUGAUCCCUCUGGAGAAGAAGCCCCCAGAUAAGAACCAGGCUGCUGCGGUGUCGGUACCAGUGAUAUCCGGAAACACAGCGACAGGGCCCAUGUCUUUGACUCUAACAGAAGAGGACGAGCCGGCCACAAAAGUCACUUUCCUCAUCGGGGACUCUUUGUCUCCGGAGUCGGACACAGAGAGCCGCAGGAGGAAGGUGGAGGAGGAAUUCAAAAAGCACAAGAAACACCUGCUGAUGCAGCAGCUGCAGCAACAACAGCAUCAUCAUCACGGGCAGCAUCAUCAACAGCAACCGCAGCAGCCGCAGAGAGGAGCAGAUUCAAAGACCAGCAGCACCAGUGCACCAGAGGACCAAACCAAACAGACCAAGGCGGCUCCGGCCCUGCAGCGGGUGUCCAGUAAGAUGCCCCAGUGGAGCCCAAAGUGUAUGGAUGAUUUUGAUGAGUAUUUCAGCGUGGACAACCCUGUGGAGACUAGGACUAUAGACGAUGUGGCCAAACGGCAGGAGGGCAGCACCACAGACAGUAUGCACAAAGACUUGCUGGACCCCUCGGGAGUCCCUCGGUCUGGUGACUUGGGGGGUCACAGCUUUCAGGGUGCAGUCAGAAGUCAGGGUUUGGGUCUCUGUUUAGGUCCAGGUAGUGGAGAGGUAGGGUCCGGCAGGAAGGGAGACACUUUGUUGGAUGUCCAGAGGAGGUGCAGGUGCGGGUCUACAGAUUCCUCCGAAACCUGCUGCUGCAGGGGAUGUUCUGCUGAGCAGGACACGGGUCUUCUGUUGUCGGUCCCCGUCCCACAGGACGGAAGCAGCAACAGCAAAGAGGACCAAAAGCUUAAGACAGUACCUCUCAAUGACUGGGAGAUGCCGCGCAACGAGAGCUCAGACAGCGCGCUGGGGGACAGCGAGAGCGAGGAGACCGAGGACUGGCAGGAGGAAGUGCAGGUGCCCUUCCCAGGGUCGAAGUUGGUGGAGAACUACUCGAAGCCAAGCAUUGCCAAUUUUGGCCGGUCUCUGUUUGGAGGCUACUGCCCCACCUACGUGCCAGACUUUGUACUACAUGGGUUGCCCAGCGACGAGAAGCUGCGGCAGUGCCUCAUGGCUGAAUUAUCCCAUGCUGUUCAGCAUCCAGUAUUGGAUGAGCCCAUAGCGGAGGCUGUCUGCAUUAUAGCAGACACAGACAAGUGGACGGUGCAGGUGGCCAGCAGUCAGAGACGAGCCACGGACGUCAACAAGCUGGGGAAGGAAGUCCUGGUGUCCGGCCUGGUCUCCAACUUAUUGCAGUCCACUCAGCAGCUCUACAAGCUCAACCUCUCACCCAACUUUUGUAUAAUGCACCUUGAGGACCGCCUGCAGGAAAUCUACUUUAAGAGUAAGAUGCUUGCUGAGUAUUUGAAGGGCCAGACGAGAGUCCACGUGAAAGAACUGGGCAUGGUUUUAGGAAUCGAGUCCAGCGACCUCCCCCUGUUGGCUGCAGUGGCCAGCACUCACUCCCCCUAUGUGGCCCAGAUCCUCCUAUGAGACGGUAACGGCGCCGAGGUCCCGAGUGGCGAGCUGCCUGAGGAGGCCAGUCAGACCCGGGGUGGUGGUGCCACUCUGGCCUCAAGAAAACGGCCGUCCAUGCUUCACAUCUGACCCUCCGACAUGGUUUCCUGACCGGGAUAAGUGAGAUCUUUGCUCUUUACGGACCACAGCCAGCGCCUUCUCUCACUACUACCACCGCUGCUGCUCAAUGUGGUGCAGUGCAGAUGUUGCACCACAGGGGGGAACUAGAGACCACACAGUCCCACAGAUGGAGCAGUUGUUUGAAUGUUUCUUUUUAAAGCAGGACUCUUUUAUUUUUGGACACAAAAAGCCAAAGACUUUAUAUACAUUUUGUCUGUUGAGAAUGAAACUUUAAGGAUAUCUACAGUAUAACAACAAUGGAUUUUGUUUCUUCUACUACUUUUCUUUUUUUUUUCUCUGUACAAUCUUAAACCCAGUCGUACGGCGUGACGGGCUACACGUUUAUAGGAAAAACAGAUGGACAUUUUUAAACAUAUAUCAUUGAGAACAUUAUCAAUCUCAUGCCAAUUAUGUUAUCUUCAUGUAUUUGUUUACAAGCCAAAUUUCCCUGAGAUAUCUCAAUGAUUCUUUUUCUUGUCAAAUUGCAAUGCACACCUGACUUAAAAGCCUAUUUUCUGGCCACGUGGGGGUAAUCGAUCGAUGCACACCGUGAUUUUAGGUUCUACAAACUGGCUAAAAGUGGCUUUGACAUUCUUAUCAUAGGUACAGCUCUACCUCAGAUCUUCAUAUGGGCCGUGGAUGACACACAGUCGCCCCAUAGAAAACCCUGAGGUAUAACUUUCUAAGCUAUUUUAAUCAGAGGAAUGUCAGCGUCAACUGUGUGCAGACUCUAUGCUGUGUUCUUUGAAAAAAAGGGAAGGUUGUUAAAUUCCUGAGGAUGAUCGUUACACACGUAUUUUUGCUUCAGAAUGUGAUUAAGGGAGGAGAAGGGUCCCUUUCUACUGUGGAAAAGCUAAAAACACGCAUCACAUACAUGUAUAUUUAAAACCAAAAUGCUGAAAUAUUUUCACACUUUUAUAGCUUCGCCACCUUUUUACGAUGUUUACGGCUUCGAUGUUUGCUGCAGAGAGCGAGGAAGAGAGGAACACAGGAGGCCUUACAGUGGAUUAUAUCGGUUAACACUAUUUUCAUUUCUAGGACGGUUAUACUCACAAAAACACGCAAAAUACAAAACUAUAGUAGCACUUUUUUUUUUCCUUUUUGUUUUCUGUUUGAUUUUCCAUGACAUUGACAAAUGAUUUUGGUUGUUAUGCCGUAUAGCCAGGGUGCGAUUUGCUUUAAAAAGGGAGGUUGAGUUGCUUUCACAGCUUUUUGGAUUCUCUCCUGGGCAUAAAGGUUAACCUGCAGAGGGGCCAAUGGGACAUUAUUUCAUUACUGUUAUUACUUUUUCUGUCCUCAGUUGACAUCAUUGGAAAUUAAUCUAUUUUUUGUUAUGUCUUUGUUUCAUUUCAGACAAAAUAGUAGAGGUGUAAAUCACAAGGUUCGUCAUGAUACGAUAUAUCAAUUCUUUGGACAACGAUACGAUAUUUGCUGAUGUCACAAAGUCUGCCACGAUAUGAUUUUGAUUCCCUGCGAUCGAUAUGAGACGAUGUCAUACGCCCAUUUAACACAAUCAGUUACAUUUAUAU